GGUUGCUCAGUAGGGAAAUGCUCACAGCUGCCUUUAGAAGCAAGUCUGGUGGGUGCAACGAGAGAGAAGCAUGAUCAUGAGACAGGAUUGAGCUGUCACCUCCCGCCUGCCUGCCCAGAGAAGGGCAAGAACAAUCAGGAAGACCAGAUGAUCCACCAAUGGUUCUGCCCUGGGUUCAGGAAGCUGUGAAUUUUGUAUUGUCAUAUGCAGGCAUGAGGACAUCGUGUAGUCCUUUGGAGUUAUGAAAAGGAAGAAACUGGUCAGCAGACUAAAACACUGGACUUGUCCUUUUCAAGAUCCAGAGCUCCAACAUUCCUUGGCCUAAAAAAGAAAAUCAUCUGGGAAAAUGUGGGCAAGGAAUCUUAUGGCAAGAGCCUUAUAUGACAAUGUUCCAGAGUGUGCUGAGGAACUGGCCUUUCGCAAAGGAGACAUCCUCACUGUCAUAGAGCAGAACACCGGAGGACUGGAAGGAUGGUGGCUCUGUUCCUUACAUGGUCGGCAAGGUAUUGUCCCAGGCAACCGGGUAAAGCUCCUGAUUGGUCCCAUGCAAGAGGCCUCCUCCAGUCAGGACCAGCCUACUCCUGGACUGAUUCACCAGACCUUUGGCCAACAGAAGCUCUAUCAAGUGCCAAACCCACAGGGUGCUCCUCGGGAAACAAUCUACCAAGUGCCACCUUCCUACCAAAAUCAGGGAAUUUAUCAAGUACCCAUUGGCCAUGGUACCCAGGAAAAAGAUGUGUAUCAAGUACCACCAUCUGUGCAAAGAGGCAUUGGGGGUACUAAUGGUCCCCACUUUAGUAAAAAGGUGAUAACCCCACUGAGGACAGGCCACGGCUAUGUGUAUGAGUACCCAUCCAGAUACCAAAAGGAUGUCUACGAUAUCCCUCCUUCUCAUACCACUCAAGGGGUAUAUGACAUCCCUCCAUCAUCAGUGAAAGGCCCUGUGUUUUCAGUUCCAGUGGGAGAGAUGAAACCUCAAGGGGUCUAUGACAUCCCUCCUACUAAAGGGGUAUAUGCCAUUCCACCGUCUGCUUGCCGAGAUGAAACAGGGCUCAGGGAAAAAGAGUAUGAUUUUCCUUCUCCGAUGAGACAAGCCGGAAGGCCAGAUGUCAGACCUGAGGGUGUGUAUGACAUCCCCCCAACUAGUUCCAAGCUGGUGGGGAAUGACCUUCACAUGAAAUAUAACUGUGAUGCUUCAGGAGCUGCUGAACAAAAACACCAAAGCAUUUCCUUGAAACACUCGCCCCCACAGCUGGGACCAUUGGUGAGUGCUCACAGUGAUGCAUAUGAUAUCCCACGAGGGGCUCAGUUUCUGGAACCACCAGCAGAAACCAGUGAGAAAGCAAACCCUGAAGAAAGAAAUGGUGUUUAUGAUGUCCCUCUGCACAACCCAGCAGAUGCCAAAAGCUCUCAGGACGUGGUAGAUGGAAUCAACCGAUUAUCUUUCUCCAGUACAGGCAGCACCAGGAGUAACAUGUCCACAUCUUCCACCACCUCAAAGGAGUCUUCACUAUCAACUUCCCCAUCUCAGGACAAAAGGCUCUUGCUGGAUCCAGACACAGCCAUUGAGAGACUUCAUCGGCUCCAGCAGACCCUGGAGAUGGGCGUCUCCAACCUAAUGGCACUAGUCACCACCACGGACUGGCGGUGUUAUGGAUACAUGGAACGACACAUCAAUGAGAUACACACCGCAGUGGACAAGGUGGAGCUGUUUCUGAGGGACUAUCUCCAUUUUGCCAAGGGUGCUGUAGCAAAUGCUUCCUGCCUCCCAGAACUCAUCCUCUACAACAAAAUGAAGCGGGAGCUCCAGAGAGUGGAAGACUCUCACCAGAUUCUGAGUCAAACCAGCCAUGACUUAAAUGAGUGUAGCUGGUCCCUCAAUGUCCUGGUCAUCAACAAGCCCCAAAACAAGUGUGAUGAUCUGGACCGGUUUGUCAUGGUGGCAAAGACGGUGCCCGAUGAUGCCAAGCAGCUCACCACAACCAUCAACACCAAUGCAGAGGCCCUGUUCAGACCAGGCCCCGGCAGCUCGCAUGUGAAGAAUGGGCCUGAGAGCAUCAUGAACUCCACUGAGUACCCCCAUGAUGGAUCCCAGAUACAGCCGCUGCAUUCUGGAGACCACAAGGCCCAGGCCCUCAACAAGAUAUUACCCUCAAGCCUGGGCAAGGACCAGCCUAUAGCUGACUGUGGCAGCAGUGAUGGCUCUGAAAGGAGCUGGAUGGAUGAUUAUGACUACGUCCACUUACAGGGUAAAGAGGAAUUUGAAAGGCAACAGAAAGAGCUGUUGGAAAAAGAAAAUAUCAUCAAACAGAACAAGCUGCAGCUGGAACAUCAUCAGCUAAGUCAGUUCCAGUUGUUGGAACAAGAAAUUACAAAGCCAGUGGAAAAUGACAUUUCAAAGUGGAAGCCCUCUCAGAGCCUCCCGACAACAAACAGCAGUGUGGGUGCUCAGGACAGGCAGUUGCUUUGCUUCUACUAUGACCAGUGUGAGACCCAUUACAUUUCCCUUCUCAAUGCCAUUGACGCUCUCUUCAGUUGUGUGAGCUCAGCCCAGCCCCCGCGGAUCUUCGUGGCGCACAGCAAGUUUGUCAUUCUAAGUGCACACAAACUGGUUUUCAUUGGGGACACGCUGACAAGGCAGGUUGCUGCCCAGGACAUUCGCAACAAAGUGAUGAACUCCAGUAACCAGCUCUGUGAACAGCUCAAGACUAUCGUUAUGGCAACGAAGAUGGCCGCCCUUCAUUACCCCAGCACCACCGCCCUGCAAGAAAUGGUGCACCAAGUGACGGACUUGUCCAGGAACGCGCAGCUCUUCAAGCGCUCUUUGCUGGAGAUGGCCACGUUCUGAAAGGGAAGGGAGAAGGGGGUGCUGAGUGGGUUACUAAGGAAAACUGGAAAUAGUGUCUGGUUUUUGUAAAUGUUAUCUAUUUUUGUAGAUAUUUUAUAUGAAACUGAAAUAUUUUAACACUGUAUGGUUUAGACAACAUUCAGACAUUCAGGGAGUUAGAAGGAGAACUUUUUUCUCUGCAUUGUUAUGUAUACACAUAAGCAUCUAAGAUAUAAACUGUACAGAAACUUGGCCACUUGUGUAUGUGUGCUUGUGUAUUCGUGUUUGUUUAUAGGUGUGUGAUACAUUCCAUUAAAAACAUGAAUUAAGAUGCACCUUAGUAAAUACAUUUUAAUGCUGCAUUUGUUUUUAAGAAAACAUACCAGUUUCUUGUAAUAUUGCUCUACAUAUACUAGCAAUUUAUUCUGAGCCCGUCACUUCCACAUCUGGGAAGGGAAUUAUUUCAAGUGUUCACCUUCCAAAUAACAAGGCAUGGUAUAUACCUCGUCCUUGUUUUGAAACUCUUUCUAAAAUUGGCUGUCUUAGGUAUAUAUUACAAAAUGUCUCACUUCUGGUUGAAAAAGCCAUCUUACAGAAAAAAAGUUUCAGAAAGUCUACAUUGAUCCAAGCUCCUAUACUUUAGGUGCUGGAGAGAGAAGAGACACGUGUGUUAAGCAACCAAGUCCCCAAUUAAGACUGAGUUGUUUGAACACCAAGAGGACGUCACAAUGAAAAGAGAGCAUGUGCUUCCGUGGGACUAUUUAAUGGUCUGUAUUUUUUAAUGAUUUGGCAUGAGAUUUUCCAAAUGAUGUUUUCAGAUGUGUGAAAACCAUAUUAUGUGCAUCAGGAAUUUAUAAAAGCAAAUCAGACUAUGAUCAGCCACAAAAAGGAUGAUUUCAUCUGCCAGGUGUAAGUACGGGACUUUCUGACUUUCAGUAUUCACUUAGGUGCUACUAUCCCCCCAUUACUUGAGGGAAACUGGCCAGUUCCUUCAUCAUCUGAACUUUAGAGCCAUGAGUCCACAUCCUACUCAAAGAGAAUUCAUGGCUUGAUCUUGCACCAUCUGUAGAACAUGCAGAGGCACACUUGACACUUAGAGUAGCUACCUGAGCCCAUCUAGUCUUUACUACUGUGUCUGGCCAACAAUCUUCUGUACACAGCCCACCACCAUCUCACCACUCAGCGCAGUAUCCAUUCCAUAGUCUAUCCCCUUGCACCUGCUGGUGUUGCACAGCACAGACACAUUAUAAGCCAACUGCUUGAUCAUGCAGCAAAUAAAAUACUUUCUGCCUGGUGAGAAAAUGUAUUCUCAUAACUACCAAGUCAAGAAGCACACUAUCUAUGGUCUUUCAGCCCACUUCUUACUUAAUGGUUUUAUUCCAGCUUGUUUGAAAAUGUUUUUAUUUGUAAUAUAUACUUUGACUGAACUAAGCUUGCAUUUUAAACAUCCAAGUUAUAGGAACAUGGCAAGAUUUAAAGAGCAGAAUGCAUGAUCUCAGUAUGGGGAAACUUACCAUAGAAGAUGCUUUUCAAAACAACUGCUAUUACAGUUCUCAAAGUUCUGUUCUGCCAAAAGAAGAUUAAAGGUUGUAUUGUUGUAUGACAAGUAAAUGUGUGGGGAGGAAGGGGAUUACUGAAAAUUGACAACACUUGAAAAAGCUUAAAAGUAUGUCCUUGUAGAUUUCAUUAUAAGUGUGUAUUUCUUAGGAGAUGACGGACUUGUUCUAAGUGGUGACAUUUCAGUUUUAAAGUCAAAAUGUUCAAUCUGUAUUCUUUUUGUUAUCUUGUAUGUAGAGGCUAUUUUAAAUCAUUAAAUUUUUUAGAUCUGU